CACCUGUAGCAGGCAGCACCGCAGCGACUACACCCUGGAGGUACGACAGUCGAUACAGCACCGUUACAUCCACCGUGAACACCGCCUACACCCAGGGCUUCAUCCCCGGCUGGUGCAGACGAUCCUCUUCUUUUUUUCUUUUUUGUUUUUGUUUUUUGUUUUUGUUUUUGUUUGUUUGUUUGUUUUCACAAAGUCACACCGAAGGUUUGAAAGAUGUUUCUCCGUCAUCUUACUGUGGUGUUUCUGCUGGGCGCUGCUGUCAAAGGAAUGGCAGAGACAACUGAAGGCUCAAAUUCAAGCAGCAACCUGACAACCAGGACCACUACAGAAGUCAUCAGUACUGUUACUGGUAGCAGUAACUUCACCACCACUGGCAGACCAACUGAACUUCUAUCAACUUCAACCAGUGGUACAUCGCUGCCCACUACAAGUACACUGAUCACACACACAACCAACGGCACAACUACAAGUACACUGAUCACACACACGACUAAUGGCACGACUGCAACUACACCCCCCACCCACAUAACCAAUGGCACGACUGCAACUACACCCACCACCCACAUAACCAAUGGCACGACUGCAACUACACCCACCACCCACAUAACCAAUGGCACGACUACAAGUACACCGAUCACACACACGACCAAUGGCACGACUGCAACUACACCCACCAGCCACAUAACCAAUGGCACGACUCCAAGUACACCGAUCACACACACGACCAAUGGCACGACUGCAAUCACACCCACCACCCACAUAACCAAUGGCACGACUGCAAUCACACCCACCACCCACAUAACCAAUGGCACGACUGCAGUCACACCCACCACCCACAUAACCAAUGACACGACUGCAGUUACAUCCACCACCCACAUGAACAAUGGCACAAUUGCAACUACACCCACCACCCACAUAACCAAUGGCACGACUACAAGUACACCGAUCACACACACAACCAAUGGCACGACUACAAUCACACCCACCACCCACAUAACCAACGGCACGACUACAGGUACACCAAUCACACACACAACCAAUGGCACUACUGCAAUCACACCCACCACCCACAUAACCAAUGACGCGACUGCAGUUACAUCCACCACCCACAUAACCAACGGCACAACUACAGGUACACUGAUCACACACACGACCAAUGGCACGACUACAAUCACACCCACCACCCACAUAACCAACGGCACGACUACAGGUACACCAAUCACACACACAACCAAUGGCACUACUGCAAUCACACCCACCACCCACAUAACCAAUGGCACGACUGCAGUUACAUCCACCACCCACAUAACCAAUGGCACGACUGCAAUCACACCCACCAGCCACAUAACCAACGGCACGACUACAGGUGCACCAAUCACACACACAACCAAUGGCACUACUGCAAUCACACCCACCACCCACAUAACCAAUGGCACGACUGCAGUUACAUCCACCACCCACAUAACCAAUGGCACGACUGCAAUCACACCCACCACCCACAUAACCAAUGGCACGACUGCAAUUACACCCACCACCCACAUGACCAAUGGCACGACUACAAGUACACCGAUCACACACACGACCAAUGGCACGACUGCAGUCACACCCACCACCCACAUAACCAAUGGCACGACUGCAGUUACACCCAACACCCACAUAACCAAUGGCACGACUGCAAUCACACCCACCAGCCACAUAACCAACGGCACGACUGCAAGUACACCAAUCACACACACAAGCAACGGCACAACUACAGGUACACCAAUCACACACACGACCAAUGGCACGACUGUAAUCACACCGACCACCCACAUAACCAAUGGCACGACUGUAAGUACACCAAUCACACACACGACCAAUGGCACGACUGCAGUCACACCCACCACCCACAUAACCAAUGGCACCACUGCAAUCACACCCACCACCCACAUAACCAAUGGCACGACUGUAAGUACACCAAUCACACACACGACCAAUGGCACGACUGCAGUCACACCCACCACCCACAUAACCAAUGGCACCACUGCAAUCACACCCACCACCCACAUAACCAAUGGCACGACUACAAGUACACCGAUCACACACACGACCAAUGGCACGACUGCAGUCACACCCACCACCCACAUAACCAAUGACACGACUGCAGUUACAUCCACCACCCACAUAACCAACGGCACAACUGUAGUUACACCCACCACCCAAGUAACCAAUGGCACCACUGCAAUCACACCCACCACCCACAUAACCAAUGGCACGACUACAAGUACACCGAUCACACACACGACCAAUGGCAUGACUGCAGUCACACCCACCACCCACAUAACCAAUGGCACCACUGCAAUCACACCCACCACCCACAUAACCAACAGCACAACUGUAGUUACACCCACCACCCAAGUAACCAAUGGCACGACUACAAGUACACCGAUCACACACACGACCAAUGGCACGACUGCAGUCACACCCACCACCCACAUAACCAAUGGCACGACUGCAAUCACACCCACCACCCACAUAACCAACGGCACGACUGCAAGUACACCGAUCACACACACAAGCAACGGCACAACUACAGGUACACCAAUCACACACACGACCAAUGGCACGACUGCAAUCACACCCACCACCCACAUAACCAAUGGCACGACUGCAAUCACACCCACCACCCACAUAACCAACGGCACAACUGUAGUUACACCCACCACCCAAGUAACCAAUGGCACGACUGCAAUUACACCCACCACCCACAUAACCAACGGCACAACUGUAGUUACACCCACCACCCAAGUAACCAAUGGCACGACUGCAAUUACACCCACCACCCACAUAACCAACGGCACAACUGUAGUUACACCCACCACCCAAGUAACCAAUGGCACAAAUACAGGUACAACCACCACACAUACAACCAACGCCACAACAAGUACAAGUGCAGUAACUCCAGUUCAAACUACAACUACACUAACACAUUCUACUAACACCUCGCCGGAGACUCCUGCAUCAUCCACCAUCACCACAAACACAACACUCACAACUGGACCCCAACCCUCUUCACCUACCUCAGUCUCCACCUCCAGCUCUCUCCCUUCAAACACCUCCCCAGGCAGUAGCACCGCUACCCCAAAUGGAAAUACCACCACCCUUAGUCCCUCAACAACAACCUCACGAGUAACUGGCCACACUGUUGAAAGCACCACCUUGACUCAUUCAACCGAACUAGUUACUGGCGGUGCAACACCGUCAUCCACCAUCACUCCACCCUCCAUCACCACUGUCAGCCCUGCUACCACUGUCACCGUGAGCACCACAGCAGCCCCAUCCAUCCCAGUCAUAGUGUGUCCCACUGUCCCGUGUCCACCUGAAAGUGUCUGUCUUAAUGGAACUUGCCAGUGUCUCUCUGGUAACGUCCUGGUGAAUGGCCGCUGUCAGCCCGCCCAAGUGUUCUCAGGCCAGCUUCAUCUCCUCUCCUUGGUAUAUCAAAACGAAAUGAGCAACAGGUCCUCACCAGUAUUCCAGAGAACAGCGGCUCAAAUCACAGCAACGCUCAAAGAGGUCCUCCAAAAUCAGCCAGGGUAUAGACGGUCUGAUGUUGUGCAACUUGAACCGGGAAGUGUGCGAGCAACUGUAAACAACAUCUUUGAAAACACCAACGCUACUCAAGAGUCUAUUGAUCAGUCCAUUCAGGAGGCGAUAGCCAGGUCAUCUGGCACAGAUGGAUUGCUGGCUAAUGCUACAUUUACAGGUACAAACCUGUGUGAGCAGGAGCCACUUCCCUGUGAUUUGCUCACUACGACCUGUGCAAAUACAGCCGGUCAGGCCAAUUGUUUCUGUAAAACAGGCUACAUCUCUGACGUGUACUCAAACACGAGCUGCAAAGCAUGUCCAAGCGGGCAGAAGGCAGUGGGAAACACGUGCCAACCAUGUCCAUUUGGAUAUUCUGGCUUUAACUGCAAUGAUUCAUCUCUGCUGGCAGUGGUGGUCAUCUCCUGCGUGCUGGGUGGAAUCCUUCUCAUCCUUGUCCUGGCUUUGCUCACAUACUCCUGCUGGAGGAGAUGUUCGAGGAACAAGGCGGACUACAGCAGCAGUCCAUACUCAGGUGACAUGACUCAGCCCUGGCCCACUGGCAUCACCCCCAUCCCCCGUGCCAACACCAAGUGGGAUGCAUCUCCUCCCAUUGAGAUGGCCGAAGGUGGAAGCACUCGCGACCUGGUGAACAAAAAUAAUCAAAUAAACGGAUCGGGGUUUCAGCUGAAACUGAAAGGAUGGAAGAAGUCGGGAUCAUACGAUCUCAACCCGGAUGGAAUGAAGACGUUCAAAGGUAAAAAUACCUCCCGCUACUCCUAUCUGGUUCAAGGCCACGAGAACCCGUACUUCUUACCCGGAGACGAGAGCAGAACCUGAAAACCGUCAGGUCAGCUGGGGACAAAAUCCACGCAGGAAUGAGGGACAUGGGAUCAAAAAGAAGCCACUGAUUUACGGACACGUUCAAUGAGCAGGACAAGGUUUCUUUAACAUGUCUGAACUUGCUUGGAUUAAACCACAAAGGAAAAACAGCCACCAAAGAGACUGACUCAUACGAGCGAGGACAAUUUGAACGGAGGUUGUGUGCAUCGUGUGUGCUCUUUGGAAAGAGCUCAGUGGUGCUGACUGUAACCAGUAGAUGUCACUAUGGCUCAGUAUAUUUCUACAGUUUUUUUUUUUUAAAAGGUACAUUUGACUUGUUUAUGCUUCACAGGAAUCAUCUUGUCGUAUUUUAAAAUGAAGCUUUUUACUCAUGUUCAUUGCACUAAAGUAUUUGUUAAGAUCACCAACAGUUUUCCUCUUGAAUCAAAGUUAAAUUGAAUGUGGGCUUUCAGAGGCUGUCAGAUUUCUUUCUUAUGGUUGUGAUUAUUUAAAAAAAGAAAAAAAGAAAUCUUGAGUACCGUAACUGAAGGGGCUGGAUCCCUGGUUUGACUUAAAGGGACUUCAUAUUGUAGCUGUGCACUUUCUGUUUGUUAAAGCUGCACUUGGAAAACGUGCCUGUCUUAAUGGUCUGUUUGACAAAUAGGAAACACCCAAAGCUGGAUGUGCCAAUUAUCACUUGUAUACAUUCUCUUUGAAAACUCUUAUACGUAUUUAUCCCUGUGUGUCUGAGAGAGAGAGAGAGCACUGUUUUAUAAGUGUGUAAAGGUUCUGUAAAUAAUUGAAGAUUUUUCGGCAGAGAAUGUUUGUGUAUGUGAGUGCAAUGGAAAUAAAUUAAUUUAA